UGAGAAAUAGGUGCUAAAACUUUUUGACGGUCCGAUGGAUUACCUCCGCAGCUGCCCCUUCGGUUGUGCACGUGCGAGAGAGUUCUCUUCAAAGUUGUCGAAUCGCCACCCCUUUAUUUUGCGAUCAAAAACAAAUUUUACGUUCUCCCUAGCUAAUCCCAUUCAAAGGAGUUACGAUGCCCCCAAGAACCAGUGCAGACCCUUCAGCAGCGUGCCAAAAUUCAACUGCUACAAAGUUCUCAAGGUUUCUGCUUCUGCGUCAAGCGCGGACAUCAAGAAGGCUUACAUCGAGGAGGCAAAGAAGCACCAUCCAGAUACCGGCGGUAGUGCGGAGCAGUUCAAAAAGGUGUCCGAAGCCUACGAGGCCCUCACAAAAGACAGGAAGGGGCACGACCAAGUGCACGAAGGGACGAGGAGUAGUAGUAGUUCCUCAGCAGCAUCGGGCGGUGGAACAUAUGAUACUAAAUCAUCCUCCUCCACCGGGGGGGCUCAAAGUAGAGGGUCAUCUUCUACGAAAAAUCCGUUCGACUUCAAUACCGGCGGUUUUUCGUCGUCCAGUCGGCCAGAUUUUGGGUUCGACUUCCGGAGUUACGACAGCAGGUCGGCGCCAGGAUCGUCCGGCAGCUGGUACAGUGAUUACGGGGUGCACGAGGCAGAGGGGUACGAAAAUCCUUUUGACAACUUCGAUGUGUAUGGAGCGAAAGGUCGUUGGGGCCGCAGCGGUGCUGCGGGUCGUUCAACAUCCGCCUCGUCUUCAUCAACGAGAGACAAGAAGCGGCGGAGCAGCGCACCGGGAUCCGCGUCCACGUGGGGCGCGUCGCCAGGAUAUAAUGGGCAGAGUUCUUCGUGGGGGAGGGGGAAGAGAGGUAGCUCUUGGAACUACCGGAAUAAUUUCGAUGAAACUGCUUUCUACGACGAGGACGAGUACGAGGCGUAUGAGGCGUUUAUGCAAGAGAAAAUAGCCCGGAAAGCCGCGAAGAAGGCCGAAAAACGACGGCGGGAGCAGGAAAACAUGCGAAAAAUGUACGAAGAUUUCGGAGCAGCUGUCAAUGGGGAAAACGAGGAUGUUUACGAGGAGUUCGAGAUGUAUACAAGGAGACCUCGGGGCAACAAGAAGCCUGCGGGCAAAGUAGAUAAGGGCAAGGAGGAGGACGCGAAGACCAAAAAGGGUCCGGCCGAGAAGAGCGCGAAAGAGCCUGAUUCUUCUCAAAAGUUCGGACGUGACAAAGCUGAGGACGGCGCGGAAAGGCAAAACAAGGAAAGUCGGGGGACCACGAAGGAGUCAUCUAAUGCGCGAAAGCCAAAAAGUGAGAAGGUUCGAAGCGCGUCUCCGAAAGAACCUGCGGGGGACAAAAAACCUGCAUCCGGUUCAGAAAAAGUCGCAGCUGCACCAUCGUCGAGCUCUGCCAGACUUGACCAGCCGUCGCUGUUGCGUGUGAGCUGCUCCGACUUCCCUCGUAUCGCGGGGGUGUACCUGCGACUCACUCGGCUUGCGAAAAAGCAUUGGCAGGUGUUUGAGAAGCUUCCCGAUAGAAUAGCGUCGGAUGAAGGUUGUGCCCCUCGCACUGGCCAUGAGCCGUGUUUUUUCAACCGGUUUGUGAUGCCUCCUUCGAAAAUCGAAAAGCAGUCGCAAAACUCUGAAUCGCAAGGAAAAACGCAGAAGAAAAACGAGAAUCUGGUUUCCUUCUUUAGCACCUCGCUUCUGCAGCACCAGUGCGGGCCACGGAGUCAAUUUGUUGGUACGGACGAAAUUGCUGGGAGCGCUUCCUCUCGAUCCACCGUGGCCGAGCGACAGCUCCAGUAUGUACAGGAGAUCGUGAACAACGAGAGCACGGAUGAUCAUGCUGGUAUUCUAUUCCGGCUGCAUCACACGGCUUCAGGGAAAAAUCUGUCUUUUUGCUCCCUGGGUCCGUCGUGGGUGACGGGCGAAAUCGUUCGUGGAGCGUAUCGCGUUACGAGCAAAUCAGAAGGAAACCCGACGGAAGUUCAGCUGAUGAUCGAAGACGAAAAUGCCUGCGAAAGCGCGUCAGACCCUUCGCAGUGGUCACUGCCAGCUUUGGACUUUUUCCUGCGAAGCAGACAUCUGUUGACAGAGGACGCGAAAUUAUCUCUAAGGUCGGACUACGAGGGUAUGGUUUCCACGUUUCUCGCAACGACGCGCCACAAGGUGUAUGAGUCGUCGGAAGCGGCGGGAACAGGGGGCAACAACACACAAAAUGCGAACUCCGCUGCUGAUGAAGAAGAACGCUGUAGCAGUGAUUUCUCUUCUUCGACAGUAGAGGACGAUUCUUACGACGGAAAUAAAUCUUCUCCCGAGGUAGACGCGGACGACAGAGAAACCCAGGAGCACGAGCAGACCCAGUUUGAUCCAAAUGCGUGGCAGAGUGACCACAACUUCUGCGGUUCGACGCAUAUACCUAAUAUCGACGAGGAUGACGCUGACACGCCCCGGCACCGCAAUUUCCGGGGGAAUGGAACAGCAAAAAGUCAAACGGAGGACAAAACAAAGAGCAAGGCGAAAAAAUCGUCUCCAACCUCCUGGAGACGACAUGAAAGUAAACUAGGAAAAAAACAGAGCCACUCUCAGGCGAACAAGAGUAGUGCUAGGGCGCACAGCUUCGUUGAUCACCAUGCCUAUUCUUUCUUCACCAUUGACCCGUAUACGGGAAGUGCGCGGAAGCACCGUCGGAAUCCUAUGGUCGUUGUCCCUCGUGUGAAAGGGUCGAACCGUACCCGCGAUAGGCGGGGCAACUUGAACUGCAAGAAGAGGCAGCGGUCUCGGUACGAUUGUUACGAUUGGUGAAAAAGUACUAAGUUUUUGGCUCAGAGGAGAAAAUGAAAUGAAUCAGAACUGAAAGAAGUUCAAAGACG